AUGAAUACAAUAAAAACCUCUUUAGCAAAAACUCGGCUUCGAAUCUCAAAGUUCUUUGGCGAUACUUUUCAUUCUGCUCAGUACACUGUCCUGAGAAAAUUGGGUUAUGGGCAACAUUCCACGGUUUGGCUAGCUAGAGAUUCGAAAUAUCAGAGAUACGUAGCAUUCAAGGUGUUGAGAGCCGAUUGUUACGGCGGCUCCCAUGACAUUUUUGAGAAAGAAAUUCUUUCGAGAAUUCUAGAAGUUUCUAAUAAAACAUACGGGACCAAUGGAGAUCAUGUCUGUUUUGUAUUUGACGUACUUGGACACCAUCUGGACUUUCAAGCCGCCAAAUACGAAGACGGAAAGCUGCCUUUGAAAUCUGUGAAAGUGAUAACACGACAGCUUCUUCUUGGGCUUGAUUUCCUGCAUCGAGAGUGUGGCAUCAUUGAUACAGAUCUGAAACCAACAAAUAUACUUCUAGAGCUGGAAAACCCGAAUCAUGCUAUUUCUCAGUAUUUGUCGGAAGUUCCCGCGCGGGCCGAUUGUCAACGUGGGAUUACAGUGCCGCUCCGAGAGGUUAUCACAACACCGCUGGUCUCGGAGAUGAUAGACCCUCGCAUCAGAAUAAUUGAUUUCGGCGUUGCGACUUGGGGGGAAGAUCGUCUGUCAAACCUAAUCCAGUCGCCAGCUCUGAGGGCUCCUGAGGUGACUAUCGGCGCCCCUUGGGAUACUGGUGUCGAUAUAUGGAGCCUCGGAUGUCUUGUUAUGGAGUUUGUCCAAGGGAUAGUUCUGUUCUCCGGUGAAGCAUCAGAGAACGGGACAUGGACCGCUGAAGAUGAUCAUCUAGCAAGAAUUAUUGAAAUCCUCGGCCCGUUCCCACUUGACUUCAUAAAAAAAGGGAAUCGAGCCGCAGAAUUCUUUGACAAACAAGGGAAUCUUCUCCGAAUCCCUAACUUGAAACCCACGAGACUUGAGCGCCUGAUAAACGGCACAACGAAGCCUUUCCUGAAAACUAGUGAUAUGCCCGAUUCUGAAGUCCAUAUCUUUAUUGAUUUCAUUAAAGGCAUGCUAGAAAUUGACCCGGAGACUCGAAAGUCUGCAGCAGAAUUAUUGCAUCACAAAUGGAUCUGUCUAUAG